UUAGCUUCGGUGAGACUACAUUUCCCGUGGUGCAUAGUGGCUCGCGUCGUGCCCAACAGCACUCGUGUAGAGUCUCCAAGAUGGCGGCGUGGGGAAGGAGGCGCGGUGUCCCAGCCAGCAGAGAGAGGGGGGCGCUGUCUUCCACCGACUGCUACAUCGUCCACGAGAUCUACAACGGCGAGAACGCCCAGGAGCAGUUCGAGUACGAGCUGGAGCAGGCCCUGGAGGCGCAGUACAAGUACAUCGUGAUCGAGCCCACCCGCAUCGGCGACGAGACGGCCCGGUGGAUCACCGUGGGGAACUGUCUGCACAAAACGGCGGUCCUGUCCGGGACGGCCUGCCUGCUGUCGCCGCUCUCGCUGUCCCUCGAGUACUCGCGCUAUGUCGCCCUGCCCGCCGGGGCCCUGAGCGUGGCCUGCGCGGCCCUCUAUGGCAUCUCGUGGCAGUUCGACCCCUGCUGCAAGUACCAGGUGGAGUACGACACCCAGAAACUGUCGCGGCUGCCGCUGCACACGCUCACCUCGUCCACGCCCGUGGUGUUGGUGAGGAAGGACGACAUUCACAGAAAGAGACUGCAUAACACAAUCGCGCUCGCCGCCCUGGCGUAUUGCAUCAAGAAGAUUUACGAGCUCUACGUGGUAUGACUGGGCGAGCGGAGCGGGCACUGAUU